AUGUCCAAAUUAGCCGACAUCCGGAAGACAGUUAUGGAUGAUGUAUUUGAGGUGGAAACAGCUUUGAAAUCGGUCUCAGAAACUGCUCAAUUGCAUGAAGUUCUCCUGAAUUCCUACCUCCAAAGCCUUAAGGCAGCGCGAACGAAAUUUGAGGAGGUGCAGGAAACAAUCAUUGAAAGCCAAUCCGCGGAGUCUCGAAAGCAGCGAGAGACAGAGUUUCUAGAUAAUUUUCUCAAGCGCUGUAAGGAGCUUGAGGUGAAGAUUUGGACUCUCAUCGAACGUUCUAAGACAUCACACCACGUUGAUGUCGAGGAAGCUGGAGGCUUCAGUGGCGCGGCUGACAAGCCACAAGGUGAUGAAGGAAAACACAUCAAGGAGUGGAUGCUUGAACUCAUGGGGCAAAUGGAAAAGAAGCACCGUGAGGAUCUCCUCAAGCAGGAAAAGAGAUAUCAUCAGCAAUUGACGGAGUUGCGAGCCAAUCUCAAGGAGCAUUCUCAGGCUUCUACACAGAGUUUUAUUCCCGGUCCUGAUUUUGCUGAAAUUUUCAAGGCUACCACUGACCGUCAAAUUCAAUUGCUGGAAAGGUUGAGCAACAGCAAAUCCAAUUCCAGGCUUUCCCCUCUUGAUAUUCCCAAGUUUUCGGGACAAUUUUCAAAAUGGAUUUCCUUCAGGGAUCGAUUUGUGAGCACUGUUAUCAACGAGUCCUCGCUCUCAAAUGUACAGAAGUUACACUACCUGAAAGGAGCUCUCACAGGGGAGGCAGCAAGUGUUUUGGAAAAUUUAGAAGUCACAGAGGACAAUUUUGAGGCUGCUUGGGAUUUAUUGAACACGCGUUUCAAUAAGAGAAAGAAUAUUAUAAUGGAGUAUGUGAAAAAUUUUCACAGUGUAUCUCCCGUCUCAACCGCCACUAAUUCAAAUGUGCGGAAGCUUGUCAACGAUGUUGUGGGAGUCAUUCAGGCACUUGAUACCAUGAAGGAGAGUUCCCGUGAUCCCUGGCUCAUCCAUGUUGUGCUGGGAAAGCUUGACCAUGAAUCUAAGACACUGUGGGCUCGUGAAUGCGAUUCCUAUCCCCCAACGGCCAAGAAUAUUACCAGCGGUGGUUCUACAUCACGCGGAAAUUCCUCCAAAACUUCCACACAUUCCCACAAGAACUCUACCUCAUCUCUCGUCGCUGCAAUUUCAAAGCAUUUUACCAACAAUUGCAAUUAUCGCCGAUGUCGCUUGUGUGAUGCAAAGCACAACGUUCUACCUCACGAACGCUUUAUCGCAGCUGCUUCCGGUUUGGCUACUCCAGCCUCCAGUGUUCCUGCUGCCCCUCCAGCUCCAUCCACAGCUGACAAUCCGACAUCUCCGACUAGAUCAACUGGCCAAGUCGUUCAACAUCACCCCACUCCUGGGUCUUCGUCAAAUCGGGUUGUUCUGUCGACUUUUCCUUGUCGCACAUCGCCGACAAAUUCCAUGGUCUUCCUGGCAACCGCUAUUGUUGAGGUGUUGGACGCUGAUGGCAAGCGGAUUAAAUGCCGCGCAGUUCUGGACAGUGGAUCCCAAACAUGUCUCAUUUCCACUGCCCUCUCAGAUGCCCUGAGGCUUAAGAAACAUCCAGUCAAUGUUUCACUCACUGGUGUUGGUGGUGUUCAAUCCAACAUUCGCCACCAAACCGAUGUCAUUCUAUUCUCCACAACGACUUCUGAGAAUUUCAAUUUGGCGUGCUUAGUCGUACCGCGAGUCACUCGAAAUCUUCCCAGCUGGAAUGUCAAUCCUGAAGAAGUGAAUAUUCCACCAGGCACCAUGCUAGCAGACCCUCAGUGGUUUGAAAGCCGUCCAAUCGAUAUCCUGAUUGGCGGAACUCAUUAUUGGGAAAUGGUGAAAGAUAACACACUUCGUUUGGGUGAAGGACAGCCACUUUUGAAGGAAACUUCAUUUGGAUAUGUGGUUGUUGGACAACUGUCCACCCAGCAGGAGGAGAAUUCUGCUGUCUGCAAUAUCUCAACUUUGGCUUCCCUCAACAAAACACUGCGUCAAUUCUGGGAGCUCGAAGAGGUUUCUGAGGAACCUACCGCAUCUCUUGAACAAGAAGCAGCAGAAAAACACUUCGAAACAACCCAUUCCAGGGCUUCAGAUGGACGUUUUGUUGUGAAAUUACCCUUCAGGUCCAAUUCUCAGGAUUUGGGGGACUCCAGGUCGAAGGCACUCCGCCAAUACAUGUCUUUGGAGCGGAAAUUCCAUUCCAAUCCAGAAUUUCACCGUCUUUACACUAGUGUCAUGGACGACUACAUUCAGCGUAAAUGGCUCGAGACAGUCCCUCCAGACGCUGUCCAGGACUACUCGUACUACACGGCUCAUCAUGGAGUGUUGAAAGAUUCAGCCACAACUCAGUUGAGAGUCGUGUACAACGCAAGUGGAAAGACAAGUACUGGACUUAGCCUCAACGACACUCUCAUGGUGUGUCCAGUUGUACAGCCUGACCUGUACACAAUCUUAAUUCGAUUCCGUCGUCAUCCGUAUGCCAUCACCACAGAUAUUUCCAAGAUGUACCCUCAGCUGAUAUUACAUCAUCCUCACUCUGACUUCCAGAGACUUCUGUUGCGAAAAACUCCAGAUGAUCCUAUCACGGAUUAUCGGAUGACGCGGACUUGUGAUCAAGCCAAGGCUACUUGUACCCAAUUGAUAGAAGUUCUUGCAAGUGGUGGUUUCACUUUGGGAAAGUGGAACUCAAAUUACCCAGGAGUGCUCCCGGAUAAUUGCCGCCCAACUCAGCAAGGCGUCGAUGUAGCGACUACUUCCACCAAGACUUUGGGAAUCAAGUGGGACACCAAGGAUGAUGUUUUCUUCUUCACAGUCUCUCAAGAGGAUGAGGUAAAUACCAAACGUCAAGUAGCCUCAUUCAUCGCUAAAAUUUUCGAUCCCUUGGGACUAAUUGCGCCUGUCGUUAUCAACGCAAAGCUUCUUCUUCAAGGACUUCAUCAGUUGAAAGGCGGAUGGGAUGUCGAAGUUCCACCAGAAUUUCAAGCUAGUUGGGAUCGCUUCCUCCAUUCAUUGGACAAUAUCGAAUCAAUUCGAGUUCCCAGAUGGGCUUCCGGAAUCGCUCAGGCAAAGGAAGUCCAAAUCCACGGUUUUUGCGAUGCUAGUCUUCGUGCCUUUGGUGCUGCGGUGUAUCUCAUCACAAAAAAUGGUGGUGAAACGACUUCCCACCUACUCACAGCAAAGUCGAGAGUGGCACCAGGGGAGGACAAAAGCCAAACCAUACCGCGUUUGGAACUCUGCGGAGCACUCUUGCUAGCGGAACUUGUGGACAAAAUCAAAGACAUUCUGGGCAUUACAGCAGUAUACUUAUGGACUGACAGUACGGUCGUUCUUUCCUGGCUCUACAACCGUGCAUUAGAGUUCAAACCUUUCGUCUCCCAUAGAGUGAACAAAAUCCUACGCUUGUCUUCUUCUAACCAAUGGAGGCACGUUAGGACAGCGGAAAAUCCUGCGGAUUUGAUCACCAGGGGAGCCACCACUCUUCAGAUAUCAGAAUCGCAACUGUGGUGGAAUGGGCCAUCAUGGCUCACUGCAGACUCCAAGGAUUGGCCGCCCCAAUUCAUCUACUCGAACGCUGUUCUGACUUCUCAGGUCACGAAAACAUGA